AUGCGGAUCGAAAGUUCCCUUUCUGGUUUUCUUCCGGCCCAAAGGCUGAACAAAUUGCAAAUCGCAAAAGACCUGGCAAAGUCGUUUCGGGGCAUAGAAGAGGUGAAUGCACCGAGCCGUAAUAAGUUGCGGAUCACAGUUAGUGAUCGGGAACAGGCAAAUAAGAUUGCUGCCUGCGAGCUCUUUUUGAGGGAAUACCACGUAUACAUUCCGAGUCGAGAAGUCGAAGUAGCCGGAGUGGUUACCGAGCCGUAUCUGUCCUGUGUUGACAUCAAGUCUCUUGGCGCUGGUGGGUUCAAGAAUAGGGCCGUCCCAGCUGUCCAAGUGAUUGAUGUAAGACAAAUGAACCGCGUGUCAUCUGAUGGCACUAAAAAAACAUCAGAUUCGUAUCGAGUAACCUUCUCCGGAUCGGCUUUGCCGGACUAUCUCGUGAUCGGGAAACUUCGAUUACCUGUGCGACUCUAUGUACCGAGUGUAAUGCACUGCACCAAAUGCCAGCAGAUUGGACACACCGAAACUUACUGCUGCAACAAACCGCGCUGCAGUAAGUGCGGUGAACAACAUCAAGAGGGUCCCUGCAGCACGGAGCAGAAAUGUACCUGCUGCGGUGAAGCUCCACAUGAUCUGUCCUCCUGCCCUCGGUUCAUAAAGCGGGGAAACAUCAGCUGCGAUCCAUUCAACAGCGAUCACGGCGAUCUUAUGCAGAAAUGCUGA